AGAAGACGACCUCUGCUUUUUAAUUUUUAGAUAGAGAAAAUCAUCGGAAGAAGACGACUCCUUCACCAAUACCAUUUCUUUUGGCUUGCAGAGUCGAUCGUUCGAACAAUCGCCAUGAGUUUCCUCUUCGGAAGGAGGAAGUCUCCCGCAGAGCUCCUGCGUGAGAACAAGCGGAUGCUUGACAAGUCAAUCAGAGAAAUAGAAAGGGAGAGACAAGGGCUACAAACGCAAGAGAAAAAAUUGAUUGCAGAGAUAAAGAAAAGUGCAAAGCAAGGCCAGAUGGGAGCUGUUAGAGUGAUGGCAAAGGAUCUCAUCAGAACAAGGCAUCAAGUUGAAAAAUUUUAUAAGCUUAAAUCCCAACUUCAAGGGGUCUCCCUCAGGAUACAGACUUUGAAAUCAACACAAGCAAUGGGGGAGGCAAUGAAAGGAGUGACCACGGCAAUGGGGAGGAUGAAUAGACAGAUGAACUUGCCUGCGCUGCAGAAGAUAAUGCAAGAGUUUGAGAAGCAGAAUGAGACAAUGGAAAUGACGAGUGAAGUGAUGGGAGAUGCCAUAGAUGAUGCCUUGGAAGGGGAUGAGGAAGAAGAAGAGACUGAAGACUUGGUCAACCAGGUCCUCGAUGAAAUUGGAAUUGAUAUGAAUUCCGAGCUCCUCAAUGCACCUUCAUCUGCUGUAGCAACACCAGCAGCAAAGACUAAGGUUCCCCAAGCUGAGGCAUCCGGGAAUGAUGAUGGCGGAAUAGACAGCGAUCUACAGGCAAGGUUAGACAAUUUGAGGAGGAUGUAGAUAUUGCUAAUCUCUAAAAUUACCAAUAAACCCCCAUGAAAGGAGAGAGACCCUUUUGAAUAUGUGUUCAAAUCUCAAGUGUGACAUGUGGUGGUGUGGGGGGUGUGCCCAAGUGGUUGGAGCACCAACGUUUCUCUCAAGUUCGAUUCAUCCCCCCUACUUCCCUCUCCCCAAAUUCCCCCCCUGAGUUGAUCCAAACACGAAAAGGAAAAGAAUCUCAAAUGUGGCAUUGCUAUAAAAAGCAUUCUUGUAAAUGUCCAUAGCAUAAUCAUUUCUGUGAAUUUAUUUACUUCAAUGUGACACAACCACUGCUUUGUUUCUUUUAUCCUUCCUUGAAUCUUUGAAUAUGG